AGGUGAGAAGAGGCCAUGGAAUAUCCACAAGCCAGAUAAUCGUCGUUGGAAUAAUUGAGAAGUGUCUGAAUGUAGGCUUCGGCAGUCCUGAAGGUUGAUGGAGGGCCAUGCUAUUCAAACAGCAGGCGUGGCUGAGACAGAAGCUUCUGGUCCUGGGAAGCCUCGCCGUUGGGAGUCUCCUGUAUCUUGUUGCCAGAGUUGGGAGCUUGGAUAGGUUACAACCCAUUUGUCCCAUUGAAGGCCGAUUUGGAGGAGCCCGCAGUCAGGCUGAAUUCCCACUCCGUGCCCUACAGUUUAAGCGUGGCCUGCUGCACGAAUUCCGGAAAGGCAACUCUUCCAAGGAGCAGAUUCACCUGCAUGACCUGGUCCAGCAACUCCCCAAGGCCAUCAUUAUUGGCGUGAGGAAAGGGGGCACAAGGGCCCUGCUAGAGAUGCUGAACCUCCACCCAGCAGUGGUCAAAGCAUCUCAGGAAAUCCACUUCUUCGACAAUGAUGAGAAUUAUGCCAAGGGCAUUGAAUGGUAUAGGAAAAAGAUGCCUUUUUCCUACCCCCAACAAAUUACAAUUGAAAAGAGCCCAGCAUAUUUUAUCACGGAGGAGGUUCCGGAAAGGAUUUACAAGAUGAACUCAUCCAUCAAGUUGUUGAUCAUUGUCAGGGAACCAACCACAAGAGCUAUUUCUGAUUACACUCAGGUGCUAGAAGGGAAGGAGAGGAAGAAUAAAACGUAUUACAAGUUUGAGAAGCUGGCCAUAGACUCUAAUACCUGUGAAGUAAACACAAAAUACAAGGCAGUAAGAACCAGCAUCUACACCAAACAUCUGGAAAGGUGGUUGAAAUAUUUUCCAAUUGAACAAUUUCACAUUGUCGAUGGAGACCGCCUCAUCACAGAACCGCUGCCAGAACUUCAGCUCGUGGAGAAGUUCCUAAAUCUUCCUCCAAGGAUAAGUCAAUACAAUUUAUAUUUCAAUGCUACCAGAGGGUUUUACUGCUUGCGUUUUAACAUUAUCUUUAAUAAGUGCCUGGCGGGCAGCAAGGGGCGCAUUCAUCCAGAGGUGGACCCCUCUGUCAUUACCAAAUUACGCAAAUUCUUUCACCCUUUUAAUCAAAAAUUUUACCAGAUCACUGGGAGGACAUUAAACUGGCCCUAAAGAAAAAAAUAGAUAUGUCAUACAACACUAUGUGUUGUGCCUGGAGACACUUAAUAUCUCCUCUAGAUUAAGAUAUGCACUUUCCCUAGACACACCUAUCCACAUCAUUUUUUCUUGUACAUGUGACCAAAUAUAAGAUCAGUUCUUUUUCCUACUGAAAAUUUACAAAAAAAGAAAAAGAAGAUACUAAAUUGCUGUCUGCAUAGUCGCAUCUUUUAUGCUAUUUAUGAAAAUGAAGAGGUGGUGGUAUUGGGGAAAUGUGACUUCAGCUAUUCUCAAAGAGUUAGUCUUCCUUUGAUUCAGAAUUUGUCACCAGCCAUUCAUAUAGAUUUAAGCCAAAAGAUGAGUGUGUGAAAAUGUACCAAUGGCUGUGCGGCUUCAGGAAAUAGAGGGUUCAGUUAUGCAUUUUGUUUUUCCUAAGGGAAAACUGGCUCUUUAAUUCAGAUGAUGCAUUGGUGCCAUGAAGGGGGGGAAAAGGAAAGAAAAUACUAUUUUCUUAUUAUUUAAAAGAAUGUCUUAUCUCAUAAAAUUUGACAUUGUUCCAAAGUUUCUGUGGUGACUUUGCACUAUUGUUUUCUUGUAAGAAUCAUAGUGUCACUUGUAGCAUGUCAAUCACAUGUUGGAAAGUCAAGUCCUUUUACUUCCAUGUUGAAUGUCAACAGAGAAAUGUCAUGUAUAUAGUGUAUAUUGUUGUAAAUACUUGUUUCACACCAAGUAAUUCUAUUUUGUAAACUGAAUAUGGCUAUUUAAUUUAUUGUGAAAAUUAAAUUUAUUGUGGUAUUUAAAAAUGGAAUGGAUUAAAGUUACUCUAUGUGCAACUACUUUUUAAACUCAUUUUGUUUUGUGAGCCUCCCAACUGGCUUCCAGAAUAGAAGGUGUUUAUGUGUAUCUGAGAUCAUUUGGGAAGAUUCAUUUCUCCAUUUGAUUCCUGUGUCCUGGUAGAAGUGUAUAUACAAAAGGAAUUUUAUUAAUAUAUA